GUUGACCGUGUCCAUCCGUCGGGCCCAUCCCAUCCCCGAUCCCAACAGGACCCAAGAAAUCGUUUCUCCUCUUUCCCAUAUCCUUCCCGUGCGUGGCUGUCCAAUCUCUCCAUCCUCAACUGCUCGCUCGCUGUGCGCGAUUCUCCAACGUCCCCUCUCCCCGCGGACCGUCUCUCUCCCCCCCUCCCGUCCAGUCCAGUCCGCAACUUCAAUCGCAGGAUGCCGAGCUUCGGUCGCCUCGGCAAGCACAGCAACCGGUCCUCGCAGGCGCUCGCCUCGUCAAAGACGCCAGCGACGACGACGACCCCGUCUGCGACGAGCGGUAGUGCUGCGACGGGCGCUCCAGCUGCGACGACCCAGGCGACAGGCCACCAGCGCCAGCCGAGCCACCAGCAGCAGCAACAGCAGCAGCAGCUCCUUGACGAGGCGGACUCAGCCGCCCACAGCGCCCACAGCGGUCACGGCUUCGGCCACUCGCACAACGCCAGCGCCAACGCCAGCAAUCCUGCCAACUCGAGCGCGACCCCCCAUUCAGCCUUGUCGUCGUCCCAUAACACCGCCUACAGCUCGAGCGAGUCUUUUGAUUCACGGCAGCCCUCCCACCUUUUGCAACAGCAGCACCAACAUCAAGGCCAGCAGCAGUUGCAUCUUCAACAUCCCCAGCAGCAGCAUCAGCCUCAGACACCGUUGCUGCCCUCCCCCUCCUCCGCCUCCGCUGGCGGCGCCCCUCCCCCGCCGCACCUCUAUAGCUCGCCCUCGGCCGCCAGCAGCACCACCGGCGCAAACGUCAACAAUCCCCCUUCUCUGCAACAGCAGCAGAGCUCCAAUUUGUCGGGCUUUGACGGUCAUCAGCCUCACUCGGACUUUGUAGACCCUGGUUUGGGCCGAUCGCAGAGCAUCCGCUACAGCUCCGCCACACCAUACGACAUCGCAACCUCGUCGGUCGACGAUCUGAAUAGCCACGCCGCUGGGUACGGCCAGGCUCCUCCUCCUCCUGCUCAGCAACUGCAGCCGCCGCAGCAGCAACAGCAGCAACAACCCCAGGCGACUCCUCAGAAGCUCUCGACCCGAAAGUUGAUUAAGGGCAUCUUUUCUGGGUCCAAUCGUGGGGCGUCUGACAGCCAGCACCACCACGGCAUAAGCAUCGGCCACGGUCACCACCAUUCCUACGACAACACUGGUGGCCUUGCGCGCCGUCCCUCCAAGCGGCCCAAUUCGCCCAAGCCCAACCAACCCCAACUUGUGAAUCCUGGCUACUAUUGGCGCCAGCCGCCAUCCCAUCCAUUGCCUCCGCCAGCCCAAGCUGAGCAGAUCCAGCAGGUCCAGCAGGUCCCCGACAACCCACAGUCCCCUUAUCCACCGCAACUCUCGUCUCGCCAAGGCCUCGACGACAUCAAUGAGCAUUACUCUGCGCAUGACUCUAACUCGCAUUCACCCUCGCAGAACUCUCGCAUCUCCCUUCACAACACCAUCCGCCAAGUCUCUGGUGGUGAGGUAGACCAGCAACAGCACUCGGCCAACUACGAGGACGUCGCCUAUCGCCAGAACCAAGCCCCGCCCCAGCAGCAGCAACAGCCGCCGCCGCAACCCCACGUUCAGGUACACACCCAGGACCAACAACCGCAAACCAUCUACGAAACGAGCGUUUACGACCAGCAACCGUCUCCUCUUAACCCACCGCAGCACCCGUCCUCACAGCAGCCCUACCCUUACCCGAACUCUCAGCAGCCCGGUUAUCAUCAGGGUGGUAUCCAAGGUGGAGAUUUGAGAACAGUCCCAGCUCACCUUGGCACUGUUUCCCAGUUUCAGAAUCCCGAGACGGUUUCGCAAUUCUCGCAUGAAUCGCCCAUCACCGACUCGGACCAACGCUCGGCCAACCUGCAAUCAGCGUCUACUUCACCUGCGGUGAAUCACUCCGUCUACAUUCAAAACCACGGCUCAACCACGAGCCUCCCCCCCGCACAGCAGAUCACCCCACAGCCGCAACAAUCGGGCAUGGCACCACCCGCUGGAGGACCUCCCCCGUCUCGCCGUCCCGAAGCCGACAAGCUGCGCGGCCAGGUCGACCCCCCCGCCGGCCCGCCCCCCACUUACCGUCACAGCACCUCAAUGAACAAUAUGAACCCCCUGCCCCCGGUGCCCCAGGGCGUCGGCCAGCCGCAAGCCUACCAAGGCAACCGCCCGCCGCAGUUCGAGGGAGACCAGGGCCGCGACAGUCCUCAGCCCGUCUCCGCUGUUCCUGCUGAGCCGGCCGGGGAUGACAAGUCAUUCAAGGACCUGCUUACUAAGUACAAGAACGUCAAGCGACUCUACUUUGAUGGAAAGGCGCAGAUCGACGCACUCACUGGGCAGAUUGUCCACCUUCAGAAUGCCGUAGCCAACCAACGUAUGUCGCAGUCGCGCACUGCGCUCGACGACAACGAAUACUCGACGCGAUGGAACCGGCUCAAUGGCGCUAUCAACAACCUCUCCUUCAACAUCCGAAAGGAUUGGCGAAGCGUGCCGCAGUGGCUUGUUAGCUACGUCAGUGCAGAUGCGCUCAAGACAGGCAAGGCUGAGAUGACGGCAGUCGGACGAGCCGUCAUUUCGCGCUGGUUGAUGGAGGAAGUGUUCAACAAGUGCUUUCACCCAGGAUUGGAUCCGCAGCUGAGCCAGUCACUCAAGGAGAUUGAGCUGAACAUCCGGCAUAACGCAUACACGAUGACCAGCCAGGAGGAAUUCGACGCUCUCACCAACAAGGUGGUGAACUGGCGAAUGACGACGCUGGAAGGUCUGCACCGCCAACUGAACUCGCCCUCGACUGCCGACAACCGUACUGCGUUCACGGCCAAGGCCACAUCCACUCUGACGGCCUGUCUGUACCAAUUCCUUAACAACCCACCCCCAGCGGGCGUGGAGGGCAGCACGUCGAUGAUUGUUGAGCUCGCUGUGGGUAUCGCAGCCAACCUACCACUGGAGAGCCGAGAUGUUGCUAUUACAUACCCGCUCCCCGGAGAAAUUGUUCAGCCACGCGUGAUGGAAGUUGAGAAGGCACCACUGCCGCCUCUGGAGGGUCAGAAGGAAGAUGGUGAGGAUGAUGACAAGAAGAAGGAGGAGGGUGAUGACAAGAGCGGCAAGGCCAAGACUGGUACGUUAAUCAAGGCAAAUCUGGGUGCGGUUGGGGAGGACAACGAUUCCUCGAAGAGUGUACGGACGGAUGCUGACAUGGAUAACUUUGCAGUGGCGGUGCCAAGUGAUGCAAACCGGGUGCGGUUUGCAGGAUUCAUGGCUUUGGAGGUGAGAGGCAGACAGGUUCUGUGGAAGGCACCGAUCUGGACUCUGUAG